AUGUCACGACGUUUAAGUAGCUCUCGUAACCAACCCCUUGUCUACAUUUCUCCUUUAUUUGGGGAGAUACCAUUUUUGACGUAUUGUCCUUCCCAAAACAUCACAAUGGAAACGCACUUGUUCUUGCCGAUGUACCAAACUGCAACGAACCAAUCAAACACAUUAUGGUCACAAAUCUUUCCUUAUUUAGGAGCAACUAAUAUUACGGAACUGACAAGACUCUACUCAUUCACAACAUCAACCACUCUAUCAUUGAUUCAAAGUCUUCCUCAAGUCGAAAGUUCACAGUUUUUUAGAGACAUCUUCCCUAUCAUCGCUUCUCUUGCAGCAAUCCACCCAAAACUCUUCCAAAACCCUUUACCUUUGCCAAUAACACAGAACUCGUGUUUGAAAUUAACACGUCUCCAAGUCGCUUCUCUCUUCGCGUUAUCAUUUUUGGGGGUGUUCAGACUCCCUUUGAAGUUCCAAGACGCCAAACAGUUUCCACGAUGUCUUGGAAUAACUGACAAAGUCGCGGUGACUAAAUUUCGAUGUUACAUGGCUUACUUCUCUACUAUAGGAAUAGCAGUGAUUAACAACGAUAAAACUUUACAGGAAGUCGUGACGUACCAACGAGUCACUGCACAACCCCCAACAUGGGGAAGUAUUGAUAUCCCAAUCACCAAUAAAAUAGAUAUGCGCGAUGGGCUCAUCGAGGACGAACCAAAAGACGUUUUUAAGUCCGUCUUCUCUUCUAAAGCGGUCGGUGGAAAUGUUUUAAUCGAUGGAUGCUCACAAGAGGAGAUCCUAUUCAUCAAAUGUCCCGAGUGCUUAGUCGCAAUGUUAAUAACUCCAUUUCUUGGCGCAAUUGAAUCAUUUAGAAUAUAUAACGUUAUACAAUAUGCUGAUGUCGUCGGAUACGCUGGUGAAAUCACGUUCAAUGGAAAUAUAGCGUCACAAAAGAGAAUACACAACUUUCUUAUGUUUGACGCAUUGAUUUGCGUUGACAAGAAACUGCAAUACACUCGCCAGGGUAUCGACCGUGAGUUGAAUAAAGUGUAUAGUGCAAUUAAUUAUUUGGAUGACGAUUUGGACCAUAUGAUGCCCUUUUCGACGGGGAAGUGGGGGUGUGGAUCGAUGUUAGGAGACCCGCGUUUGAAGUUUUUAAUUCAAUUGAUGGCCUCAUCGGUUUCGGGAAGAAUGAUGAAGUAUCACCCCAUGAACGAUCCAGUCCAUGAAAAGGAAGUCCUAUUAUUCCUUCAUUCAAUAUCCUCGAAAGUAGUAACUGUUCGCUCUUUGUAUAAUUACAUUAUUCAAGUGAGUGCCUCCAACCCAGAACUUCUUCUUUCUCCUUAUUGA